CUCUUACGCUCAUUACAUGACCACAAAAAUCUCUCUCGCCCAUUUAUCCUCCCUAUAUGCCGCCCUACAACCUCAUAUAUAUCCACCUCCUUACACUUCACUUCCAACACAAACUGGAGAAAUGGCAUUCAUUAAACUAUGCUUCUUACUUUUGCUGCUCUUCUCCUUCCUCCUUUCCCUCCAAGGAUUUCAAACUCCAUUUAUACUUCCUCUCCAACAAGGGGUCUAUCAGUAUCCGCCAUUGCAUUUGCAGGCAACGCAUGGCGGUAAAGAAGGGAAGACGAAACGGAGUUGGAGGAGAUUGAUGAUUGGAUCUACGGCUCCUACCUGCACUUAUAACGAAUGUAGAGGAUGCAAAUACAAAUGCAGAGCGGAACAAGUCCCGGUUGAAGGAAACGACCCAAUCCAUAGUGCAUACCACUACAAAUGCGUUUGCCAUAGGUCAUGAUUAU